AAGACGUUGCGUCAUUUUAAGGCCUAGUUGAUUUUGGUGGGUUGUGCGAUUUAAUCACUUUUUGAAUACAGGUUUUAUUAGCUGGUUUUAAUGACACUCUCAUAAACUGUUGACACCUGCUUAAUUCCAAUUCCAGCCUUUUAUUCGGUAUUUAGGAAAAGACACCUCGUCCAUUGAGUUUUAAGAUAAAAAACGUGUGCUUCUUCGGGAGAAACGGGAACGAUUUAGAACGAGUUAGGUUGGAAAACCUGCGGCCACUCAACCAAGCGAUGAAGAUGAGAUUUCUUUGGCUCUGCUUUAUUUGUUUAAGUUUCUCCAACCUAAGCGAGUCAGUUUGGUGGACCUUAGGAACACAUACCACACUGUCAACGGAUCCAGCGAAGAAAGCAGCUCUCCUGUGCUUCACAACUCCUCAGCUUAACACAAAACAACGAGAUAUUUGCCGGAGACACCCAACUCUAAUGGCAAGUGUGGCCAAGGGAGCCAGAGAAGCGGUUGAAGAAUGUCAGAUUCAGUUUCAGCACAGGCGAUGGAAUUGUUCGUCUGUUCCUGACUCUGGAACACUGUUCGACCCGAUCUUAAAGCGAGCCAGUCGCGAAUCAGCCUUUCUGUACGCCAUCACAGCAGCAGGAGUCGCCCAUGCUGUCACGGCUUCAUGUAGUGCUGGGAAUACCCAGAGUUGCGAUUGUGACCGAUCACCGAGUGGUCCCACCCAGAAGGGCUGGACAUGGGCAGGCUGCAGCAGUAACAUCAAGUUUGGAAGCUGGUUUUCAGAACAGUUUACUGACGCGCGGUCGAAAGGCAAUAGUCCAAGGGCUGUCAUGAACAGACAUAACAGCAAGGCCGGACGAAAGGCCCUUUCAAAACUAGUCUGGAAGAAAUGCAAGUGCCAUGGUUUAUCCGGUUCGUGCUCAAUGAAAACAUGCUGGAUGCAACAACCCUCAUUUCGGGAAGUUGGGGAUCAUCUUAGACAGAAAUUUGACAGAGCAGCAGAGAUGACAAUCAAACUGAACAGAAGAGGAAAAGAACGUUUGAAGCCUAAGAACACUCGCUUGAAGAAACUCUCGGACUCCGAUUUGAUAUAUUACCAAUCGUCGCCAAAUUACUGUGACGCAGACGUCAACGAGGGAACUCCAGGAACUACGGGAAGAGCGUGCAAUAUUUCGUCAAAUGGAAUCGAUGGGUGCGAGCUUUUGUGCUGUGGGCGUGGUCAUAAUAUUCAACAGGACAAGGUUGUUAGAAAUUGUAAUUGUAUAUUUCUAUGGUGCUGUCAGGUAAAAUGUCAAAAGUGUCGAGAGAUUGUUAACAUCUACACCUGUAAAUAAGUUACACCGGACUUACUGCUUAGUACAAAACUAGCGUAGAUUCUUCUAGCUUUAUUUCAUUUUUAUAUACAUAGAUAUUUUGAGGAACAACUUAGUGGAAUGUGAUGUAUGUUCGUGGGUAUAAAAAAAAAAGAAAGAGUUUGUUCGUCUCUUUACAAAUGGGCGAUAAUCGUUGAUUUUUCCUUUUCCUGCCAAAUAACGGUAUGCAUCGCAUAUAAUAAUAAUAAUAAUAGUCAUAAUUAUGUUCUUCAUGUAGAGAAAAUAAUCGAAGUGUUCUUGUAAAUUGAUCGUGACACGACAUGCGUGCCGCACCUAAUGAAGUGCAAGAUGGAAUAAAUGUCUUUGUCUGGA